AUGAAGAAUGGUGGUCAAGCUCAUCAACAUGUUCAACAUUUCAGCCACCAACACCCUUUGAAGCUUUCGAACAACCCAAGCCAUGUUGCGAGCUCAUGUGCAGGUUGCAAGCUCAUCUGUGCCGGCUCGACUGGAUCAAUCUACACUUGCACUACUGGUUGCAGUUUCUUCCUCCACACGUCAUGCGCGCAAAUGCCACAGCAAAUCACACACCCAUUUGAUCAAAGCCAUGUCCUCCCUCUGCUCCCGAUCCCUACAUACCCUGGAGGCCUCUUUAAAUGUAAUGCUUGUUGGAAAGAUGGCAGCGGGUUUUCCUACCACUGCGGACCUUGUAACAUAGACCUUCAUAUGGACUGUGCUUCGAUGCCGCUGGCUCUUCCUCCCCAUCAGCAAUUCCACCACCCUCACCAACUCAAUCUCACAUUCUCAAUGCGACCUGGUUCUCCCAACGAUUUCACCUGUGAUAUUUGCAACAAGCUUGGGCACACAGAGUGGCUCUACUGGUGCGUGCCUUGUGAUUUCACUGCUCAUUUGGCCUGUGCAAGGUCAAAACCAAGACCCUAUAUACCUGUCAUGCCAAACUAUGCACCACCACCAACUUAUGCCAGGCAAUCUACUGUCCUUGGUAGAAAUAAUGGUUUUACCAACAGUAGUUCUGGUCAGGUAAAUGGCUUAGCCCAUACAGUCAUCCAAUCUUUUCUCGGUGGAGUAGGUGGUGGGGGCGGUGGCAGCGGCUCAUCUGGUUUCGACUUUGGUAACGGUGGAAUUGGUGGAUCAGGAGAUCUUAGUAACAGUCUUAACUUCUUUGGAUAA